AUGGAUGGUGCUAAGCCGGUUUCAACACCUAUGAGUAAGGAUGUUGUGUUACCCACAGCUGGCUCUGUUGAAGUUUUGGAUGUCACUCAGUUUAGGAAGCUCGUUGGCUUGUUGCAGUACUUGUCCAUCACGUGUCCGGACAUUGCGUAUGCAGUUAACCGUCUAUCUCAAUUUAUGCAUGCCCCUGGUGCAGUUCACUGGCAGGCUGCGAAGCAUUUGCUGCGAUAUUUGAAGGGUACCUGUCAUUAUGGAUUGGUGUUACGUCGCUCUACAGGUCUUCAGUUAACCGCUUUUGUUGAUUCUGUUGGGGUGCCUCGGCCUCUUACUCUGUUCUGUGAUAAUAUAGGAGCCACUUAUGUUUGUCGGAACCCGGUGUUUCAUUCUAAGAUGAAACAUCUUGCUUUGGAUUAUUUUUUUGUGCGUGAAAAGGUGGCUGAUGGUUCUUUGUAUGUUUGUCAUACUCCUUCAAAGUCACAAAUUGCAGAUGCUCUUACCAAACCAUUGGGUCGUGCCAUGUUUCUUCCUUUCCGGUCCAAGCUGGGUGUCUCCAAUGGAUCCACCAUCUUGCAGUGGCGUAUUAAAGACUAA